CUCCCCGCGCCGCCGCCGCCGCCACCACCGCCCGCACUCCGCCGCCUCUGCCCGCAGCCGCUGAGCCAUCCAUGGGGGUCGCGGGCUGUAACCGUCCCGGGGUGGCCCGGGCGGUGUUGCUGCUGCUGCUGCCACCACUGCUGCUGGCGGGGGCCGUCCCGCCGGGCGGGCGCCGUGCCGCUGGGCCGCCGGAGGAUGUGGAUGAGUGUGCCCAAGGGCUAGAUGACUGCCAUGCCAACGCCCUGUGUCAGAACACACCCACCUCCUACAAGUGCUCCUGCAAGCCUGGCUACCAAGGGGAAGGCAGGGAGUGUGAGGAUACAUUUCUUAGGGGAGAUACUUUGAGGCCAAUAUCCUGUUUCUCCUCAAGUCUUCAUCUACUGAUGUUAGCAUCCAACUGUGGAUUUUGCCUGCAAUGUGUGUCUCCUGACAUCGAUGAAUGUGGAAAUGAGCUCAAUGGAGGCUGUGUCCAUGACUGUUUGAAUAUUCCAGGCAAUUAUCGUUGCACUUGUUUUGAUGGCUUCAUGUUGGCUCAUGAUGGUCAUAAUUGUCUUGAUGUGGAUGAAUGCCUGGACAACAAUGGCGGCUGCCAGCACACCUGUGUCAACGUCAUGGGGAGCUAUGAGUGCUGCUGCAAGGAGGGGUUUUUCCUGAGUGACAAUCAACACACCUGCAUUCACCGUUCAGAAGAGGGCCUGAGCUGCAUGAAUAAGGAUCACGGCUGUAGUCACAUCUGCAAGGAGGCCCCAAGGGGCAGUGUCGCCUGUGAGUGCAGGCCUGGUUUUGAGCUGGCCAAGAACCAGAGAGACUGCAUUUUGACCUGUAACCAUGGGAACGGUGGGUGCCAGCACUCCUGUGAAGAUACAGCUGACGGCCCAGAGUGCAGCUGCCAUCCACAGUACAAGAUGCACACAGAUGGGAGGAGCUGCCUUGAGCGAGAGGACACUGUCCUGGAGGUGACAGAGAGCAAUGCCACAUCAGUGGUGGAUGGGGAUAAACGGGUGAAGCGGCGGCUGCUCAUGGAAACGUGUGCUGUCAACAAUGGAGGCUGUGACCGCACCUGUAAGGAUACUUCGACAGGUGUCCACUGCAGUUGUCCUGUUGGAUUCACUCUCCAGUUGGAUGGGAAGACGUGUAAAGAUAUUGAUGAGUGCCAGACCCGCAAUGGAGGUUGUGAUCAUUUCUGCAAAAACACCGUGGGCAGUUUUGACUGCAGCUGCAAGAAAGGAUUUAAAUUAUUAACAAAUGAGAAGUCUUGCCAAGAUAUGGAUGAGUGCUCUUUGGAUAGGACCUGUGACCACAGCUGCAUCAACCACCCUGGCACAUUUGCUUGUGCUUGCAACCAAGGGUACACCCUGUAUGGCUUCACCCACUGUGGAGACACCAAUGAGUGCAGCGUCAACAACGGAGGCUGUCAGCAGGUCUGUGUGAACACAGUGGGCAGCUACGAAUGCCAGUGCCACCCUGGGUACAAGCUCCACUGGAAUAAAAAAGACUGUGUGGAAGUGAAGGGGCUCCUGCCCACAAGUGUGUCACCCCGUGUGUCCCUGCACUGUGGUAAGAGUGGUGGAGGAGACGGGUGCUUCCUCAGAUGUCAUUCUGGCAUUCACCUCUCUUCAGGACUGCAAGGGGCCUACUCUGUCACCUGUGGCUCUUCCUCUCCUCUCAGGAGCAAACAACAAAAAUCAAAUGACUCUGCUUUUGGGGAUGUCGACACCGUCAGGACAAGUGUAACCUUUAAGCUAAAUGAAGGCAAGUGUAGUUUGAAAAAGGCUGAGCUGUUUCCCGAGGGUCUGCGACCAGCACUACCAGAGAAGCACAGCUCAGUAAAAGAGAGCUUCCGCUACGUAAACCUUACAUGCAGCUCUGGCAAGCAAGUCCCAGGAGCCCCUGGCCGACCAAGCGCCUCUAAGGAAAUGUUUAUCACUGUUCAGUUUGAGCUUGAAACUAACCAAAAGGAGGUGACAGCUUCUUGUGACCUGAGCUGCAUUGUAAAGCGAACCGAGAAGCGGCUCCGGAAAGCCAUCCGCACGCUCAGAAAGGCUGUCCACAGGGAGCAGUUUCACCUCCAGCUCUCAGGCAUGAACCUCGACGUGGCUAAAAAGCCUCCCAGAACAUCUGAACGCCAGGCAGAGUCCUGUGGAGUGGGCCAGGGUCAUGGAGAAAACCAGUGUGUCAGUUGCAGGGCUGGGACCUAUUAUGAUGGAGCACAAGAACGCUGCAUUUUAUGUCCAAACGGAACCUUCCAAAAUGAGGAAGGACAAAUUACUUGUGAACCAUGCCCAAGACCAGGAAAUUCUGGGACCCUGAAGACCCCAGAAUCUUGGAAUGUGUCUGAAUGUGGAGGUCUGUGUCAACCUGGUGAAUAUUCUGCAGAUGGCUUUGCACCUUGCCAGCUCUGUGCCCUAGGCACGUUCCAGCCUGAAGCUGGCCGAACUUCCUGCUUCCCCUGUGGAGGAGGCCUUCCCACCAAACAUCAGGGAGCUACUUCCUUUCAGGACUGUGAAACCAGAGUUCAAUGUUCACCUGGACAUUUCUACAACACCACCACUCACCGAUGUAUUCGUUGCCCAGCGGGAACAUACCAGCCUGAAUUUGGAAAAGAUAAUUGUGUUUCUUGCCCAGGAAAUACUACGACUGACUUUGAUGGCUCCACAAACAUAACCCAGUGUAAAAACAGAAGAUGUGGAGGGGAGCUGGGAGAUUUCACUGGAUACAUUGAAUCCCCAAACUACCCAGGCAAUUACCCAGCCAACACCGAGUGUACGUGGACCAUCAACCCACCCCCCAAGCGCCGCAUCCUGAUCGUGGUUCCUGAGAUCUUCCUGCCCAUAGAGGACGACUGUGGAGACUAUCUGGUGAUGCGGAAAACCUCUUCAUCCAAUUCUGUGACAACAUAUGAAACCUGCCAGACCUACGAACGCCCCAUUGCCUUCACCUCCAGGUCAAAGAAGCUGUGGAUUCAGUUUAAAUCCAAUGAAGGGAACAGUGCUAGAGGGUUCCAGGUCCCAUAUGUGACGUAUGAUGAGGACUACCAGGAACUCAUUGAAGACAUAGUUCGAGAUGGUAGGCUCUAUGCGUCUGAGAACCAUCAGGAAAUACUUAAGGAUAAGAAACUUAUCAAGGCUCUGUUUGAUGUCCUGGCCCAUCCCCAGAACUAUUUCAAGUACACAGCCCAGGAGUCCCGAGAGAUGUUUCCAAGAUCUUUCAUCCGAUUGCUACGUUCCAAAGUGUCCAGGUUUUUGAGGCCUUACAAAUGACUCCGCCCACAUGCCACUCAGUACAAAUGUUCUGCUAUAGGGUUGAUGGGACAGAGCUAUCUUCCUUCUGCAUGUCAGCACAGUCGGAUAUUGCUGCCUCCAGUAUCAGUGACUCAUUAGAGUUCAAUUUUUAUAGAUAAUACAGAUAUUUUGGUAAAUUGAACUUGGUUUUUCUUUCCCAGCAUCGUGGAUGUAGACUGAGAAUGGCUUUGAGUGGCAUCAGCUUCUCACUGCUGUGGGCGGAUAUCUUGGAUACAUCAAGGGCUGGCUGAGCUGGACUUUGGUCAGCCUAGGUGAGACUCACCUGUCCUUCUGGGGUCUCACUCCUCCUCAAGGAGUUUGUAGUGGAAAGGAGGCCACAGAAUAGGAUGCUUAUUCUGAAACUUCAGCUUCCUCUAGCCCAGCGCUCUCUAAGGGAGCCCUCUGCACUCGUGUGCAGGCUCUGAUCAGGCAGAACAGGCAAGAGGGGAGGGAAGGAGACCCCUGCAGGCUCCCUCCACCCACCUUGAGACCUGGGAGGACUCGGUUUCUCCACAGCCUUCUCCAGCCUGUGUGAUACAAGUUUGAUCCCAGGAGCUUGAGUUCUAAGCAGUGAUCAUGAAAAAAAAAACAACAAAACUUAAAGCAGAAAGAAUUAGAAAUAAAUAGAUAAAAACUAAGCACUUCUGGAGACAUAAUAAUGUACAUUUAUUGCCAGCCCUCCUCGUUGCCAGCUUCCACCCUGCAGCAAACGCACAGUGCCGACUCUCGCACCUUCGGCUGUGCCCUCGGACACUCUGCUGGCCAAUGCCUGAGGGAUUGGGGAGUUCAGGUGAAAUGUAAUUUCCUCAGUGGAUAAUAAUCAUCAAUUGUCAUGAAAAGGAGAUUUCACAAACCCUGAGUCAGUAUUGCCAAGGGUUCUACUCCCCAAGUGGGCUUCCCAUCACAAGGGAUCUGAGGUCCAGGUGGGUGUGGUGAGGCCAGCCUGUCAUGUACACCUUCCUUCCCCACUCUCAAAUGUGAGAGAUGGACUCUGCUCCAUGGACAUGAGCAGCCCCUUGCAGGGUGGUCUCAUUCUCUAACAGUAACAGCACUGCUAGAAACACCCUCUAAAUGCCACACGAUCAUGUCACUUUGGGUCAGCCCAGCGGGGCCUCACCGUCAUUUCUUGAACUUGAAUUUUCAGUGUUAUUGAAUCUUUAAACAUUUAAAUCCCCAAGCAAAAAUCUCAUUACCGUGAAUAAAAAAGAAUCCAAUCAAACAAGCCACCAUUUCCCUAAUGGAUGGACUAUCUACAACUAUAGUGUUAUUUCAAUAACAGUUCUAUGCACAGCCAAUUCUCUAUACCAAAGUGCUAAAAAAAAAAAAGUUUAACAAGCAUUUUUGAAGAAAACAAAGACAACUUCAUUAUGGUUAAACUUGCUUUUCAUCUCAGUGUUGCUUUUUUAACCUGUUAAUAACAUUGAUUCUUUAAAAGUCCUAAUCAAACUUCUUUAUUUGGAUGGGCCCUAAAUAUUCAGAUUUAGGUUCUGAAUCUUUCAGAUUUCUCUUCAAAAGUUUGAACAUCAUCAUUAAAAAAACUGCAUUAAAACAAGCACUUGGACUUUGUUAUACUGGAGCUUGGCCUAUAUUUCUGAGUCUGACCAUAAGAUGAAAAUUCGAAUGUCACAUAACCCGAGUUAUUGACUGCACUGAUGUGAAGGUGAGGUGAGCUGAGCUGCACCAUUCUGUCCAAGCAUGUUAGCAACUUUGUGCUCAUGACUGUGUGAUCCUGUCUUGCUGAUUUCACAAGAAGGCUAGGGAUGGGAAUACUCUGGGGGUUGGAAGGAGGCUACAUAAACCCAGUCACUAUGGUCCUCCAUGGGGCCGCCCCAUGCACCAGAGCUGGGUUCCUGGUACACGCACAAGCCACUGACACCCAGGAGGUAUAGAGAGGAGCUUCCUCUCUAUACCCUCAACUACCUUAAGAGAUGCUGUGAUCCUGUUGGGGGCUGGCUGUCUGGAGAUACUAUUUCUACCGGCUACAUCAAUAUUUAUCAAACUGCUGCCAGGCACUCUUCUAGGCCCUGGGGAUGCAGUGAUAAGACAGACAAGGUCCCUGCCCUCAUGGAGAUUACAUUUUAGAGGGAAGAGACAGACAAAGAACAGAUACAUCAACAUGAAAAGUAGCAGCUAGUGGUCACAGCUAUGUUGAAAAUUAAAAUAGGUUACUGUAACAGAUGACUGUGUGGCUACUUUAGGAUUGGGGAUUAUAGAUGGCCUCUAUGUGGAAAUUACGUUUCAACUGAAAACUAAAUGGCAAGAAGAAACCAGCCUUGGGAAAAUUAGGGGGAAGAGCUUUCCAGAGAGAGGAAAACCAAGUGCAAAGGCUGUCAGGUAGGAGCAAGCAUUUGUGUAUAUCGUAGUCUAAUGAGAAAGCAGGUCGUACAGAUGAGGCCAGAGAACCAGACACGGCCAGAUUACAUCGGGCUUUGGAAUCUAGAAUGAGGGGUUUGAGUUAUUUCUAAAUAUGUUGCAAACUUUUGAAUGGAUUUAGGCAGAGGAGUGAGAUAAUCUGAUUUAUGUUUUAAAAGGGUAGCUCUGGCUACUGUGUGAAUAGGAAGCAAGCACGAAGGCAGAGAGAGUUUUUCACAGACUACUGCAACAGACCAAGCAGCCAUCCAGUUGGCAGAUGAAGGUAUUGUCUGGAUUAGGGUGUUGUAGUGGAGAGGAGAGAAGUAGAAGGAAUCUGGAUAUGUUUUGGGGGACAGUCAACAGAAUUUGCUGAUGGGGAUUGUAUGGAAGGGCUGAGGGAAAGAAGGCAGUCAAAGAUGACUCCUAGUUGCCUAAGAAACUGGUAGAUGGAGAAGACUAGGAGGAGCAGGUUUGGGAUAUGCAGCAGUUUUAAAACAUGUUUGCAAAUUCUUUGAGGCUCCUUCCUUGGACAGUUAGGGUCUAUGUUGCCUCCCCUUGACUCUGGGCUCUGUGACUGCUUGACCAAUAUUAACAUGGCAGAAGUAAUGCUUUACGAGUUUCCAGGCCCUGGGCUUACGACACUAGCAGCUUCCAAUUCCUCUCCUUAGGACAUUCACACUUGGAACUCAGUCACCAUGUCAUGAGGAAGCAAGCCAUAGCAGCCUGUGGAGAGGAACCACAGUCCUUCCACCCACUGGCCAGGCUGAACUCCCAGGCGACAGCCAGCAAACCUUGCCAGCUGCAUGAGUAAACCAUCUUGGAAAGGGAUUCUCCAGCUGCUCCAGCUGACGCUUCAUGGAACAGUCCUCACUGAACCAUAGAAAACAUUAGAGAUUUGUGUGCAAAAUUAGUGAUUAUUAUUUUAAAUGAUAGGCUUUGAGGUGACUUCUUAUGCAGUAAUAUAACAGUGAAAAGGGGAGAUGGUUAAGAGUUCCAUUUUGGCCAUUCUAGGUUCUAGGUGCCUAUCAUAUGUCCAACUGGAGGGUUCAAAUAGGCAAGUGGUUAUACAAAGCCCCAGGAGAGGUCAGGGCUGGAAUAUAAGUUUUAAUGUCACAGAGUAAAGGCAUGAGACUUUACCCAGGUUAAGGUCACCUGGGAAACAUGUAAAUAAAAGAAGACCAGGAAGCUCUUAAUUCUGGGAUUUCCUGUGUGGACACAGGAACCGGGACUUUGAGGAGCUGCUUAUUAAGUAAACAGGAAGAGGUGAGAGCUGAGCUUCCAUCUUUACUCCAAGAGAGCUAGUUCUAUGGGUGAACUCUGAAUGGGCGUGGAUCUGUACAGUCCUUCCUUCCAGCUAUAGAUAUUGUUCUUUAGCCAUUUACUGAAGUGCUGCAUCUAUGGAUUUAACCACAUCUCCCUUGAAUUUCCAAUGCUAAUAAAAAAGUGUUUGCCUUUUCACACUAA